AUGAAGUCACUGUCAGUUUUCGCUACAGUUUCAACGGAAUGUAUUGUUAUGAAUAAAUGUACACCGAAAGAAUUGAAGAUUCUGAAGGAGAAUCUGUAUGCGAUACAGCAACUCGAUGCAUUUGGACAACUUCCUGCUCCUGGCCUUCUGGAACUUAGAUCUUUAUAUGAUGGAUCUUAUCAAGACUGUAACCGAAUCAGUGGCAAAAAGUACGAAACAAACUACUGCUACCUUCUGAUUAUUCCUGGAAAAAACAAGAAUUGUUCGUCCAAUAGUUCCACGCCUUCUUAUUCUUCUCUACCUGUCAGGUAUGCAGCCUGUUUGCCAGAAUCUUGUGAUCAUGAACAAAUGAAAAACAUAUUCAAUCAAAUCUCGAUCUAUCCAUUCACUGCCUGCAAUGCAUUUUGUGUGAAGAAUAAGGUGGAGAAAGACAUCACAUUUUGGGGAUUCUCAUUCUUCCUGAUGAUAAUAUCAACAACUGUAAUUCUAACAUCUUCUGUCGGCUACUUUCGUGAAACUAUCUGGGGAAUUUCUAGUGCUGAAGAAUGUUACACCUUCAUGAAGGUUCUCCUAACCUUCUCCGUCUGGACUAACUCCGAACAGAUAUUAUCUGUGAAAGAGCAAAAACCAGGACACAUCAGAUCUCUCGAUUGUAUUCGUUUCUUUUCUACAUGCUGGGUUGUCACCGUUCAUGCGUUUUUAUAUUUUUAUUUUGCCGACACACUGGAACCAGUUUUACAAUUUCCGAAGCACUUUUGGAAUCACCUUAUGUUGAAUGCCCCAACAACGUGGAUAUUGUUCUACACUCAUAGAUAUCUGAGAUUGACGCCACCAAUCAUAACAUUUAUUUGGGUUUUCAUAGUCUAUGGCCCAUAUAUUCAAGGAGUUUUCGAAGCUACGUAUUUGAAUCAAAUCUCUCUACAAAUCAAAACGUGUCGAAAUUAUUGGUGGCGUAAUCUGUUGUUCAUUAAUAACUUUGACAACUCUGAAAGUGGAUCAAGUACUGCUUGCUACAAUAUUUCUUGGUACUUGGCUGUCGAUAUGCAGCUCUACUUGAUCGCUCCUAUCGUUUUGGUCGCUUUUUAUUUUUCAUUAUCAGCCGGAACCUCGCUAAUUUUGGCUGGAUGUGUUGGCAGUAUUAUUACAACUUACCUUCUUUUCGAAAAGUACGAUAUCCCAGCAGAUAUGAUUGGGAAUGGAGAUCAAAAGUAUUUCUUUGAUGUUGUUUAUUCAAAACCAUGGGUUCGAUGCACUCCAUAUCUGAUUGGAUUGCUCAAUGGAUAUUUGUUAGCUGUUUAUGGUAACAGAAAGCUACGAUUGAAUCGGAUAUUUUGUUUCUGUGCAUGGAUUAUUGCAUUCAUUAUUGCCGGGUUUUGCCUAUUUGCGAACUAUGAUUAUGACAGAGGAGUGCAUUGGAGCAUAUUUUCAAGAGCCUCAUUUUAUAACUUUCAUCGGAUUGGAUGGGCAUUUUUCAUUUGUUGGGUUGUUGGAGCGAAUCAUAUGGGAUGGAGUGGACCAAUUAACAAUUUCAUGUCUCACCCAAUUUGGCAACCACUCGGAAGACUGUCGUAUUGCGCUUAUAUUGUGCAUCUGGUGGUUUUAUACUACUUUUUGAACGUCGGAGGUGUUCUACAUUAUUAUUCUGCAUGGGAAGUGUGUAGAAUCACAAUAGCAAUGAUUUCCAGACUGGAAAAAAUGCUGAUUCAAUUUUUGAUUGGAGAGAAUAGAACAUCGACAUCUGAAAGUAAAAGGAACUUAUAUCCAAUGAGAAAGAAAGAACUAAAAACUCCAGAAUGCGAUGUUGGAAUUGAAGAAGAAAGUGUAGAUGCUGUUGUCAAAUUUUAA